CAUUACAAGCGACAUCUAUAUUGAACAAUAUUUAUACUUUCUCUCAGUAAUAUAUUGACAUUAAACGACGGUGGUUAUUGUUUGUUAAAAAAUAGUGAUACUAAGUGAAUAAAGAAGUGUUUAUAAAUGAUUAAUUAAUGGAUGAAUGGAGAGGAUGGCUGAGGUGGUUCAAGAAAUACCUUGUAGAGAUACAGAUCCUUUACCAGGGGAAGACGAUUUAGACAGUAAUCGAGACAGUCCUGUUGCUUUCACCAUAAACUUUGGAUUUGAUCAGUCAGAUGAGAGGGAGAAGGCCAAAAAGUUAGAAAGAUUUGCUCUCAGAUCAAGUCUUCGAAAGCCGAAAUCUCCUCGAAAUCAACCGACCUCUCCCACAGAGGGGAAAUCAACCAGCCUCGAGGCUAUGAGAAAUCCGUCCUCAACGAGUCCUCAGCAUUCCAAGUCCUCCCAGCAUGCCAAACUAACCCGAGAUCGAAGUUUUGUCCGAGAAAAGAGUAAUAUUAGCUCGGGCCGUGCAAAAUCCGCAAAAUCUGUGAUUAAUAGUUUUAAAAUUCCGCCACCAGGUGUCUCUAAACUCGCGACACAUAGCACACAGCUCUCAACACACAGUGAACAAAUGGCGACGACGCAAAGUCGAAAGACGACAACGAUCAAUGGCUAUAAUCGUCGGUUGACCACGACGUUGUCGCCUGAAGAAUCAAAAAUGUUCUCACAUUUCGAAAAAGAGAGGACUAAAAAGAGUUUGGAAAUUGUUGAAUAUAAUUAUGAAGACGACUUUGAAGUCCCGUCUUCCCCUCCUAGCGAAACAGGCACCUACACGGUGGGGAAAGAUGAGGAAGAGAAGGCAGCAAAAAAAGAAGAAAAAGCCAGACAAAGGUUUGAUGGAUUUACUGUUUUGAACCGGUCAUGA